AUGGAUAAUAAAAGUAUAAUAGAGAGUGGCGGAUUUUAUUUUAUACAUAAUUUUGACUCAGGGAAUUUAGGUCAUGUAGAACAAGUCCCAAUGGAGCUUAUUGCUCCUGGUGUAAACUACAAAACCAAUGCUCCAGAAACACCUGAUUAUGAAUUCAAUCUAUGGACUAGGCCAGAUUGUGCUGGGACCGAAUUUGAAAAUGGCAAUCGCACUUGGUUUUAUUUUGGAGUUCAAGCUAGUGAACCUGGAGUACUGGUGCGGUUAAACUUAAUAAAUCUAAACAAACAAGGCAAAAUGUAUAAUCAAGGAAUGGCACCAGUAACAAGAACUUUACCUGGAAAACCACAGUGGGAAAGAAUUAAGGAUCGACCAAUUCAUUCCACGGAUGACAACACAUUCACCCUGAGUUUUAAAUUUCGGACAUCUGAAAAUACCAAGGCGACGACAUUUUUUGCCUUCACAUAUCCCUACUCCUUUGCUGAAUUACAGAUUGCACUCAACACAAUUGAUCUGAAAUUGCUACCACUACCGCCACCUCAAUCACCGGAUGAUAUUUAUUACUGCAGGGAAUGUCUCGUAUAUUCUCUUGAAGGAAGGCGAGUAGAUCUGUUGACAAUAAGCUCGCAUCAUGGGAUUACUACAGAGAGGGAGGACAGGUUGAAGAAUCUGUUCCCAGACAAUCAAGAUAGGCCAUUCAAGUUUCAGAAUAAGAAGGUAAUCUUCAUAUCAGCAAGGGUACAUCCAGGUGAAACUCCAUCAAGCUUUGUCUUUAAUGGAUUUUUGAACCUAUUACUAACCAGGGAUGACCCCAUUGCUAUUCAGUUGCGCAAGAACUACGUUUUUAAGUUGAUCCCAUUCCUCAACCCCGAUGGAGUUGCACGGGGUCACUACAGGACAGACACUAGGGGUGUUAAUCUGAACAGAGUCUAUAUCAAUCCCUCGCUGACACUCCACCCCACCGUGUACGCCUCCAGGGCACUUAUAAGGUAUUACCAUUUCGGCUGCGAGAAAGAAGAUUUCUAUGAGGAUAGCAAAAGUAUAAUGUCGAGGAGUAUGCAGAACAUUAGCGAAAGCGCCGAGUUGAUAGAGAACGUAAAAAAGAAGAAGGGGACCAGCUCUUACAAAAACGAAUACUUCAAGAAGGAGAAGUCAAUGAAGUCGGGAAACAAAUCUUCCACCAAUUUAAAGCAACAGUCUAUGGGUCAGUCGAAGAAAGAAGCUAAACUAUUAAGCGGGGAGGCGGCCAAUCUCGCCGAACAGGUCUACGACAUGAAACUGCACGAAAUACCUUCACACCAAAGUGAUGCGACAUCUAAGAAUGAUAACUCCUAUGUAGAAGAGAGUCCUUCACUCCUUAACGACAACGUGCUACGAUCCUGCCUUGGCUCGACCGUCCACGUCAGCACGAGUGGAGAGUUGAACCUCCAAGGCAACAACCCCCUGAGGCCCCUUAGGGAAACCCUGAAGAACAGCAUAAGCUUGUUGAUGGAGUCAAACUCGUCAGUUGUUGGUGAGAGCUCGAUGGGGGCUGAGUCCCGGGAGUGCAGGGUGAGGAUAGGGUGGUGCGGGGAGUGCAGGCGCGCGCUGGGCCGUCUCGAGUGCUCCAUGCCCGGCAUCAGCUCCAUGCUGCCCGGAUACACCGCCACGGUACCUUCAGAAAGUCCCGCGUUCAAUUCCAUCAACGAGUAUAGAGAGCAUCAGAUGCAACAAUUUAAUUUACAAGAGCACAAGCUUCAGGACACGGAGCAGCCUCCAGAUGUUGAAGCCGUGUACUUCUGUACGAACUGCUUCAAGAGAUACAUCAUGACAGAACCAAAUGAGGAUAUCGACGAGGUUGACGUCCCUUCAACGGCAAGUGUUGGAGUAUCGUCGGGUAAUGGUGAUGGACCCGCGCCAGAAAAUUCAGUAACGCGACCGCCGCCAAACGAAGAAAAAACGUCAUCACCGCCAAAGCAACUUAAGAAGAAACCAAUUUCUUUAGCCAACGCAACCACACGCACACCUAAAGAGCCCGAGUCCGGAUUAUUUUUGUACAUAGAUUUGCACGGACACGCUUCCAAAAAAGGCAUCUUCAUGUACGGCAACCAUUUUGAGGAUGUGGAGAGCUCGGUGGAGUGUAUGCUGUUGCCGAGAAUUAUGUCCUUGAACAAUCUCCACUUUCAUUUUUCCUCCUGCAACUUUACCGAGAGAAAUAUGUACCUCAAAGACCGGCGCGACGGCAUGUCCCGCGAGGGCUCGGGGCGCGUGGCCGUGCUGAAGGCCACGGGGCUGGUGCGCUCGUACACGCUCGAGUGCAACUACAACACGGGCCGCCUCGUCAACGUGCUGCCGCCGCCCGUGCGCGACCCGCCCCCACCACUCCCCCCACCGCCGCACGCGCCGCACCCGCCCAAGUACACGCCGCAUAUAUUCGAGGAGGUGGGUCGGGCACUGGGCGCGUCGAUCCUGGACGUGACGGGGCAGCAUCCCAACUCGCGCAUCCCGUGCUCCGAGCACCGCACGCUCGCCGCGCUGCGCGACUGGCUGCGCACGCACACGCGCACCGCGCGCCCGCAGCUCACGAUGUCUCGAUUGCGACCGAAGACAACGUCGCCGACAAGGGUACCGUUGUACGCACGCACAAAGACAAAGGUGAUCGACGAACGCAAAGAAAACGCGUAUGCGGGGGCGAAGAGCGACACCGAACGAAAACGUAGCCCGCCGAUCCUUGCGUCGCGCUCCGGACACGAUAUCAUCAACGUAAACGUGAAAUACGUUAAAAAAGCCGAGCCUGUUAAAACGUCACGGACGAAAUACUUGGCCGAAAACGAACCGAAACCGAAGACUCUAUCCACCAAAAGGCGGAAUAUAUUGGCGAUACGCAAACCGAACUCGAGCAAAAGCCAAGCAGGUGUAGUGAAAGCGAAAGUAAGUAGACGUUCGGCCGAUGACACGGAAAGUUCCCGCUCAGGUAUGGUGUCGGCAAAGUUAGCCAAGCGAAACUUCGCGCGGUCGAUACGUGGGACGGUGACAAGAUCCGGAAGCAACCGUUGCAGGCCAGUAGCGUCUUCAUCCUCUGAGGAUAUAGGUGGUAACUGGGAGGACAUAGCCGGCGGCACAGUUUUGGGAUCGCAGAGUGGUAUGUCCCAUCCGGAGUCGAUUGCGAUGCCGGGUAAGCGAAGGUCUUUUCCUAACCCGUCGCCGUCGCAUUUGAAGAAGAUACGGUUAAAGACGGCCAUGUAG